AAUACCGAGACGCACCGAGACAUGGAGGCUCCUGCGCAGCGCGUGCAAAGCGCCAGAAGAUCUAAAGAGGACAAAAAACUGCUGAAGAGACAAAUGAAAGCUUCUCACACACUGCUAAAGCAUGAGGGCAUCACCGCGGCGUCCCAGCCGACUCAGUGUGUGGUUGUGUGUAACGGUGGCUUAGGGAACGGCGUGAGCAGGGAGCAGCUGAUGGCGGUGCUGACUGAAGGUGGCGCUGUGGUGGAGUCUCUCCUCAUGCCCCCUAAUAAACCCUACAGCUUCGCCAGCUUCGCCUCAGUGCAGGACGGCCGGAGCGCUCAGGCGCGGUGUCACGGCCGCGCGCUGCAGGCUAACGACGGGCACCGCGUCACGCUGUACUGCAGCUACGUCCUGCCGGCAGUGGAUAGAGCUGUGUGUGAGUGUGUGUCUCUCCCGCCGGGUCUCUGUGUAUUGGAGGACUUUGUGUCCCCAGAAGAAGAGUCUCGGUUGCUGGAGGCUGUGAACUGGACGUCGCACGAUGAUGAUGUCACAGCACGGCAAGAACUAAAGCACCGCAGAGUGAAGCAUUAUGGGUAUGAAUUUCGCUACGACAACAACAAUGUGGACAAAGACAAGCCGUUGCCAGAAGGCCUGCCCUCGGAGUGUGACGCCGUGCUGCAGAGGUGUGUGUGUAACAGACUCAUCAGCGUCCUUCCUGAUCAGCUUACAGUCAAUCAGUAUGAAAGUGGACAAGGAAUCCCCCCGCACGUGGACACACACUCGGCGUUUGAGGACACCAUCCUGUCUCUCGGUCUGGGAGCGAAGACUGUGAUGGACUUCCGUCACCCUGACGGUCGCUCCGUGUCCGUUGUCCUCCCAGCGCGGAGUCUCUUAGUCAUGAAGGGAGAGAGUCGUCACCUCUGGACUCAUGGUAUAACACCUAGGAAGUUUGAUAUGGUUCCUGCAUCAGCAGCUGAGAGGUCAGGAGUCGUGAACUUUGACCCCAGAGAUCUGACUUUGAACCAGCGCAGAACAAGAACGUCUUUCACCUUUCGCAAAAUUCGACACACACCCUGCGACUGCGCGUAUCCAUCAGCGUGUGAUAGCCAGCGACCCCCCUCCCCACCUCGUCUUCCAGUUGCCCGUAGCGAUGCAUGCCGAUUGGAGGAGCAGUAUGUUCACCAUGUGUAUGAGGAAAUCUCCGCCCACUUCAGCAGCACUCGCCACGCCCCCUGGCCGCGGGUCCGCGACUUCCUGCUCUCGUUACCGACAGACGCCAUCAUGGCCGACAUCGGCUGCGGCAACGGGAAAUACCUGGGAAUCAACCCUCAGGUGUUCUCGCUGGGCUGUGACCGCAGUGUGAACCUGGUGUCCAUCUGUGCUGAGCGAGGUUUCCACUCCGUGGUGUGUGACGCGCUGUCCGUCCCCCUGCGCAGCUCCGCCUUCGACGCCGUCAUCUCCAUCGCCGUCAUCCAUCACUUCUCCACACAGGAGAGAAGAUUAGCAGCCGUCAAAGAGCUGGUGCGUCUGUUAAAGGUCGGGGGUCGUGCUCUGAUCUACGUUUGGGCGAUGGAGCAGGAAUACAAAAACCAAAAAUCUAAAUAUCUGAAAACUAACAAGAACCAGGAGAAUGUGGAGAACCUAGAAAACCAGGAGAACGUGGAGCUGAAAUCAUCUGAACAGAGCUCUGAGCACAGAAGCUCUCUUGAUGAAACCAAAUAUGAGAUGAGUACAAGACAGGUGCAUGCUGGGAAAGUAAGCUCAACCCAAGCUGAGGAGGAUUGUGGAACGGAGACCCCGCCCAGGCUGAACAUUCACACCAAUCGCACAGAGUUUGUGUCUCAGGAUCUCCUCGUACCGUGGCAUCUGAAAGGCGAAGUGAAGUCGAGUCCCGGUCCCGUGUUCCACCGCUUUUAUCACGUGUUCCAACGUGGAGAGUUGGAGGAUCUGUGUGUGUCUGUCAGCGGGGUGGAGGUGCAGCAGAGCUACUACGACCAGGGCAACUGGUGCGUCAUCCUGCAGAAAACACACCAACAAUAACUCCCUCUAACCCUGCAGAGGACACACCGAGGCGAACCCUGGGGAAACGACUCGCAGCCCUGUGACCUUUUAAUAAAUGUUUAUGCUUUUAUUAAAUUAUUGCGUAUCCAAUAAACCAUGAUAACAAUUC